AUGUUGUUCAGUCCAGCGGGAGUAUCUGAAUGUUUCCGGGAAUGGGAAGAUUUAGAGAAGGACUACCAACAGAUUCUGGACACUCAUCGUCUCUAUAAGCAGAAGCUGGAGGAAGUCACCAAAUUGCAAAACAGCUGCUCCGGUGCAAUCGCUCGUCAGAGGAAGAAACUGAAGGAACUCACUGCGUCGCUGGAAAAAUGCAAAAAAAAACACCCGACACCAAAGCUAAGUCCGGAGGAGUUUGACUCCAUUGCUGAAAUCGAGGAAUCAAUCAAAGACAAAAAAGACACUUUCUUGGACAUGGAAGCUUUUCUGCCAAAGAAAAACGGGUUAUACCUCAGUCUUGUAUUAGGAAACGUCAACGUAACACUCCUCAAUAAACAGUCCAAAUACGCCUACAAAGAUGAUUAUGAGAAAUUUAAACUGGUUGUCACCGUCAUCGUCUUCCUGUUCUCCUUCACCUGCAACUUCCUGUUCAGCUACAGAGCCUUAGAUGCCCUUUUCAACUUCCUGUUGGUGUGGUAUUACUGUACGCUCACCAUCCGGAAGGGAUCCUCAUCAGCAACGAUUAAAGGCUGGUGGGUUUUUCAUCACUAUGUGUCGACCUUCCUGUCUGGAGUCAUGCUUACUUGGUGA